AUGGCUGAUCUAGGCUCGGUGGCCGAGGUACACAUAGACCCGGAGGGGGUGUUCAAGUAUAUCCUCAUCAGGGUGAGCGCCGAAUCACAACCCCACCGAGACAUCGUCAGGGGGACCAAGAGUGCCGAGUACCACAAUCACAUCUUCGACAAGGUGAACCCUGAACUGCAAGCGCUGGGUCUGCGAUGUGAAUGCCUCGGAGGAGGGAAGAUUGAACACAACAGUGCGGAGAAGAAGAUCCGGGUGUACGGCGAAUCUACCGGAUACGGCAGAGCAGAUCACUCCAUCACAGCCGAGAAACUGAGACGGGCUUUCAAGGACUAUGAGGUGGUCUGGGAAGACAAGAAGUGA